GGCUACGACUCUCAGAGACUCAGACUUUCAAAUUCUGUUACAGUCAAUCGUUAAAAUUUAUACCACACAGUGCACACCGACCCGGCAUUGAUUAUUUGCGCAAAGAACGCUCUUUUUUCCCUUCCUGCUUGUGACUUGUCCGCGUGCGGUACAGACUCUGUAGUGCGCAUCUGCCAGUUUCCAGUCAUCGUUAUCAACAUGGCGUCAAGCCAGAAGCUCGCCAGCGAGCUCAAUGUACCCGCCUCUUCGACCACCUCGCGUGUCGAGCUCUGGUCGUUUUAUCUAUACUAUGUUGGGAACAAUGGGCUUUCGGGGUUUAACUUUGGACCAUCUCAAUUUCAAAACUUGCUCUUCCUGGCAGGCUACGAUCCAAGCCAGCCCCCAUCUUCCGCUCCUUGUGGUAGUAGCACAGAUUGUGUGCUGCCUUAUCUCGGAAAGAUCAGGAACAUCAAUUCAAUUGUGCUCUUGACCAACGGCAUUAGCUUUGCCAUCCAGGCGGUACUUCUACUUCUGAUCGGGGCCUGGGCAGACUACGGCACGUGGAGACCGAACAUAACCAUCAUAUUCACGCUUGUCGCGGUCGCAGUGUCAUUUGUUUGGCUUGGAGUAGAAGAUCCAUCCAAAUGGCAGGCUGGCGUAGCUCUCUAUAUCCUGGGUUUGAUAACAUACCAGGGUGCCCUUACAUUCUGGACAGCUGCAUUUCCCGGGCUUGCGCGCCACCUUCCGGAAGUUGAAAUUUCUGCUCAGCUUAUUGCUGAUGGAGAGAAAAGUUGCGACGAACAUGCAGAAUUCGAAUCUCUGUCUCGCAAUCAAGUUUCAAAUAUCUCCUUCGCCGUCUCCUCCCUUGGUGAAAUCCUGAUUCUCGUCGUUAUGGUGGGAAUCCUCGAAGGACUGAAAGCAGGCUCUAGUACUGCAAACAACACGAAAGCAUUCAGUGUCUUGAUUGCAUUCUCCGGCGCAUUAUGGUUACUUUGUGCACUACCAUGGUUCUUCCUCGAGAAGCGACGCCCUGGACUAGCUCUUCCUCUAGGCAGUUCGUUGUUUACGAUCGGAUUUAGACAAACGUAUACUGCCUUACGAGAAUGCGUGAGGCUAAAGCAGACGAUCCUAUAUCUCAUAUUCUAUUUCCUCAUGGGAGACGUUUUAAACACUACUGUCACCGUCAUUGCAACGCUGCAGAAUAGCAUAGUAUCGUACUCAACCUUGCAGCUGACACUCCUGUUGAUUGUUGGUAUUGUCGCGCAAGCGAUUGGAAUAUACUCCUUCUGGCUAGUGCAGAAAAAAUUCAAGAUAUCCACAAAAGCGAUGUUGAGUUUCAAUGUCAUUUGGAUUUUGGUCUUGACUGUUUGGGGUCUCAUCGGCGUUCACACCGACAAAUUCGGAUUCAAACAUACAUGGGAAAUAUGGUUGUAUCAGGUUUUCUACGGGCUCAUGGUAUGCCCUUGGUAUGCAUACAGCCAAACAAUGAUUAGCGAAGUGUCUCCUCUUUCUCAAAUGUUCUUGUUUUUUGCACUUUUCUCCGUGGUCGGCAAGACCUCUGCCUUCAUUGGUCCACUCGUGUCAUCUGCUAUCAUUACCGUGUCCGGCAACAAUAAUAACAUGCCGUUCGCAUUUUUGUUCGGACUUGGAACUAUCAGCACCAUGUUCUUGUAUCUGGUAGAUGUCAAGAAGAGUCAAAUAGAGUGCGAUGAGUUUGUCAAGGCUGAGGCAGACCUCAAAGCAUUUCAAGGAUGAGGUUCAUCCACUAACAGCAUGUAACUACUAUACUUUUGGUUUUCCUCGGCAGCAAACCUAUUGAAGCACAGCGACGGCCUUCGUUACUACAUGCCUGCCCGCCAUGUCGGUUUUUAGGUUGAACGUGGGGGCAAGAAAAUGACAACCAUCCAGG